AGAAUUUGCGUGUUAAGUGGGAUUAUUUUGGGCCUUUUCUCACAUGUAUACACUUGAAGCAAAUUUCCCAAUAUUUCCAAUCUCCUCCUGUUCCAGUUCUACCGCUGCUCUGCAAAUUCUUCGCUAAUUUUUGGAGACACAAAUGUCUCAAUCCCUAGUUUCCCCUUUGAUUCGCAGCAUUGGAACCUCCUCAGUCGGUAACCCACUGUUGCCGAAGAAUCGGCCACCGUCUACAUUUCCGGUCAUUCCUCACCGGAAACUCCCGCUUCGAAAUUUAAAGUUAUCGGCCAGUAAAUUGAGGAGUUUUCAAGCUCACGCAUUUGAUCUCAAAGGCAACCAAGGAAUGGUUGAGUUCUAUGAAGUUGAACUCAAAGUACGAGACUAUGAAUUGGAUCAGUAUGGUGUUGUAAACAAUGCUACUUAUGCAAGUUAUUGCCAACAUUGCCGUCAUGAGCUUCUAGAAAGGAUUGGCGUAAGUGCUGAUGAAGUGGCACGCAAUGGUGAUGCAUUAGCACUAACAGAGCUGUCACUUAAGUAUCUAGCACCUCUAAGGAGUGGAGAUAGAUUCAUUGUGAAGGUGCGAAUAUCUGACUCUUCAUCUGUUCGUUUGUUUUUCGAACACUUGAUCUUCAAGCUUCCAGAUAAAGAGCCCAUCUUGGAGGCAAAAGGAACAGCAGUGUGGCUUAAUAAAAGUUACCGUCCUGUCCGAAUCCCGUCAGAGUUCAGAUCAAAAUUUGUUCAGUUCCUUCGCCACAAGGCAUCUAACUAAUGUGCUUCUCAACUAAAUCCAGAAGAGUUCUUAAGUUACUGCUUAUCAAAAAAUCCAUAAGAGUUCUUUUGAUCAAACAUUUUUCUUUGAGGUGAAAGUUUACUCUAUUUAUAUACUGGCCCAAAAGAUCUAGCAAUGUAUAUACUUUCCUCAGUCAAUAUCACUUCUUGUCCCUCAAUUUUUAAUAAAUUCUGAAUUAGUCCUUGUUUUUCUACCUUCACAAGGCAGAGGUAAGUUUGCAUACACAAUACCCUCUCCAUACUCCACUUGUGAAAUUAUAGUGAGAUUUUGUUUUUUCUCCUAAAUUUAGUCCUUGUAAUACCUAAGUACAUUUGAUCUUCGAUUGAUUGAAAUGUGCACUUUUAAUCCCCUUA